GAAAUCACAGACGGGCAGGAUCCUUUAACACUGAAGUGUGGCUAACAGGAAUCUGACUCAGAGCUGAAACAUCCAAAUGGAUCUCAAAGUGCUUCUGCUGGUCCUGUGCAUCGCCUUCACCUCCGUCCAAGGUGCCAUUCCAACAUGCUGCGUUCAAACCUCCCGCAUCCCUCUAUCCAUACUGCAGGAGGUGGAGAAGUUUGAUGUCCAAAAUCGGAAUGGAGCCUGUGAGAUCGAUGCCGUGGUGUUGCAUCAUAAGGGAAAGAAGUACUGUGCCUUGCCCAGAGCAAAGACCGUACUGCAAAUCAUACAUAAGAAAAAGAUGGGGAGCAAAUAUAUGGUUUAAGUGAGGAGAUCUACUGUUACAUAUGGAGAAGGUUUUCUAUCAAUAUCAAUCCUGUGGUCUUCUAGUAAAAACUGAUUUACAUUACCAACUAAGACCCGUCCAUUAUCUGUUUUAUUUCUAUCUUAAUGCACAAAUUUAAUUCUCCAUGAUGUAUUCGCUUUCUGAUCCUCAUGUAGUUAUUCCAUUAAAAUGAUUCUGAAUAUAUCUUACUUAUACUAUAUAUAUAGCAGCUUGGGUGCCAGACAAAACCUGUCAUUCAUUCAGUGAUCGUAAAAAUCUGUAAAUAUUGCCUUUUACUGUAUUUGAGUAAUAUAGUUUCACUAAUAAUAACGGGCAAAUUUUUAAAUAAACAAAACUGACUGUGAAAUAAAGCUGAUAAUUUGUUCUCCUUCUGUGAAUAGUACACAUUGUAUUUCUGUAAAUGAACAACAGCAAUAUCCGAAUUCAAUGUAUGUAAAUUUUAUUUACAUGCAUUUAACUUUAUAUUUCUUCAAAAAUGGAUUUUUACCAUUAAAUUGGUAUUUCAGACAUAUAUUGUUCUCACUAGCCUAACACUUUCAAUAUUAUGCUGUUAUGUGCCCACCUUAUACUUAUUAAAAGGUAGUUUCUGUCUUAA